GGAUCUGUGAGUCAUGUUCAGUCCAGUUUCGCCUUGAGGGGUCGAGACGAGUGCGGUGCGAGUAUGGCUGAGCCCCAGUGCGGCUUUUUUAGUCUUGUGCAAAUCUUAAAGUCACCAGAGGCGGGUUAUGGGAGACGCAGUGACGGUAGUUCGUCGUUUGGACUUCGAGGACACAUUCAAAACUCGCAGCUCGGGUUGUUUGGAGGAGACGGACGCAAAGCUAACGUCAAUUAACGUUGCUGGACGUUGUUGCUGAAGCAAACCAGGGUCAAAAUCAAGGAACCCGGACCUUGCGGAUCGUAUAAAAAGAAUUUAUUUCUUUAUCUUGUCCCGAUAUUAUCAUACCUACUCCUUUGCUUUUCGAAUGAAGAUUAAUGACAGUUUUACGAGCCUGCUGCUGACUGUAACUAAUGCAACUUACCAGGCUAGCUAGCUAAACUAGCCUGCAGGGUGUCCACAGAGCAAAAGGAGAAGACAUAACGCUACAUUUGCCACGUUGUGGCGCUCAGAGGUGACUGUUUAAAGCUUUUCUGGCUGAAAACUGAAAGAAGAAGCUUUAAGUAGCUUCUAAUUCGGCUCUGAAGCAAGUCCCUGGACUGUUUCGUGGACCAUGGGCUCCUUGAAAGCCCUUCAGGAGUGGUGCAGAGUGCAGUGUGAGAACUACAACGAUGUGGACAUAAAGAACAUGUCCGCAUCUUUCAGAGAUGGACUGGCUUUCUGUGCUAUAAUACACAGACACCGACCAGACUUGAUAGACUUUGACUCCCUCUCCAAAGAAAAUGUCUAUGAAAACAACCAGCUGGCGUUUGAGGUGGCGGAGAGAGAGCUGGGUAUUCCAGCCCUGUUGGACCCAGAGGACAUGGAGAAUAUGAAAGUGCCUGACCGUCUCAGUAUCAUCACCUACGUCUCGCAGUACUACAACUUCUUCACUAACAAAUCUCACGCUAAUCCUCCCUGUAUGAAGAGGCCCGGUAGUACCAGCCACAUUGAACCAGCAGUAAAGAGACCUUCCACUCCUCUAGAAGACAGAACCUCCCAGGCUGAGUCGAAUGCAGAUGUCCAGACGAAACGCAGCACGUUGAGCAGCACCUGUGCAGCCUGUGGGAAGCAUGUUCACCUGGUGCAAAGAUUCCUUGUUGAUGGCAGACUGUACCAUCGCAACUGCUUCAGGUGUAGGGAAUGCAGCAGCACUUUGUUACCUGGCUCUUACAAACUCCUUGGAGAUGCUGGGUCCUUGGUCUGCACCCACCACUUUACUAGGACUUCUUCAGCCAGUCAGAACGGUCGUCUGGAUCUGAGCAAGCAGGUUGGCCCAAUAGUGCCAAACACAAGCCGUAUAAUCCCUCCCAGUGGAGGAAGUUUGGAAAACACACUUCCAUGUCAUGCUGAAGUCAACAAUAUCGCUCCAUCUGUGGAUUCUCUCAAAACAAACACCCUGGAGAGAGAAAAUGAACAAGUACAGAAUGAGAAAGGAGGGGUAGAGGAAAAAGCAGAAGCUGAGAAUAGCUCAAAGGAUGAGACUGAACCCCGCCCCUCCAGUCCUCCAAAUCCUUUUGAUGAGUCUGAUGAAGAGGAAGAGGAAGAGGAAAAGGAGAAUGAGCAGCAAAAAACAACAACAGAGGUAACCAAUGGUGCCCUUCCCCCAACCCCAGUGAAGAGUGCAGAGGAAGAAAGUCGACCAGUGCCUGCCCCUCGAAGGGUUUUUGACCACUCCCCUCCUGCGCGUCCUGUACCCAGGCCUCGGCCACCUAGACCCUCCCACAGUCCUGCAGUUAAUGGAGGUGAAUGUGAGCGUAAAGCGUAUGCACAAGUACCCCGGGAGAGGUCGUGUUCGCCAGCUGGCCGAUCCACCGACACUCCUAAAUCCAAAGAUCCGCCCUGGCUGGCUCUUGUCAAAUCAGAGCCCAAGAAAAAAUUGGCUCCUCCUCCGCCUCCUCCUUCUGCCACUGGUACAGCUACACCUCCACAUGCUGGGUCUGUUCCUUCUGUGAAGGAGGAAGAAUCACGCCCCGCUGCCUCUGUGAAAGAGGAUGGGUCUCGUCCAGCCUCACCCCCUAAUCCCUUUGAUGAUGAUGAUGAAGAGCCACAGGCAGAGAAUGCAGAUUUGUCGGUCCCGUCUUCUGUGGUCGCUGUCCAUCCAUGGUACGGGAUUACCCAGGCUGCUGAUGUCACUGGAGCAGACACUCCUCCCAGAAAAGGGAGCCCUGCCCCCUCUGGGAGUCCAGGAAGUGCCAGAAGUAAAAAACGUCUGGCACCUAAAGCCCCGAAAUCUUCCUCUACAGCUCUUCCUUCUUCUCAGUCUUCCUCUGCCUGUCCCUCUCCAGCUCUGAGCACAGAGAGUCUCUCUUCCUCUUCUUCGGACCAUGGCCUGUCCAGAACCACCGGCACCUCUGCGGCUCCCUGGCGGCCCUUGGCUAAUGAGCAGGAACAUCCAUUCACCAAGAGCGUAUCAGAGCCAUCAAUUAACAGUCCCAGCUCUGCCAGCUCACCGCCUUCAGCUGAGCUUCAGUCCCGCCUCACACCAAGCCCUUCCCCCUUGCCGCCUCAUACUAACACCUGUUCAGCUCCUGCCACUCCAGAGACCAAUAGGAGUGCAGGAGGUAAAGGUAUUAGGCCGCCCCCGCCCCGCCCUCCAGCUGGUCCUAGUCCACUGAUUGGAUCUCCUUCCUCACAGCCACCAAGCACGCCCAGUAAGCGGAUCUGUAAGGAGAAUCCGUUUAAUCGUAAGGCUUCCCCCACGGUCACCUCUCCCCAGUCCAGACCCCCUAAAGGCCCUCGCCCUGCCCGCCCCCCUGCACCUGGACAUGGCUUCCCCCUCAUCAAACGCAAGGUGCAGUCGGAUCAGUACAUCCCUGUAGAGGACAUCUACGUGGAGAUGGGGGCACUAGAGAGGCAGCUGGAUGAGCUCGAGCAGAGAGGAGUGGAGCUGGAGCAGAAACUCAGGGACUGCUCUAACGAGGAACAUGAGGAACGGCUGCUGGUGGACUGGUUCACUCUAAUUCAUGAGAAGCACCUGCUGGUGCGCAGAGAGGCAGAGCUGGUCUACACGGCAAAGCAGCAGCAUCUGGAGGAGAGGCAAGCAGAUGUGGAGUAUGAGCUGAGAUGCCUCCUCAACAAGCCAGAGAAAGAGUGGAGCGAUGAUGAUCGAGACAGGGAGAAGCAGUUGAUGGAUGAGCUGGUCACCAUCAUCGAGCAGAGGAACCAGAUCAUCAACAGCAUGGAUCAGGACAGACAAAGGGAAGAGGAGGAGGACAAGCUAGUGGCAGCCAUGCUGAAGAAGAAAGAGUUUCAUGGCGAGAGUGAGCACAAAAAGAAGCCUGCAAAAUUUAAGCCCAUGAAGGUGUUGAGGAGGCUGAGCACAAAAAGUGAUGUGUCAAAAAACGUGAGCCCACGGAAAGAGAAAAGCUGAGGAGGUGGGACAUAGAGAGAAAAAUAGAAAAACUAAAGAUAGAUGGUUCGUCUAACUGUAUUUAUACUUCUGUAAGCAAAAGGCUGGGAGAAACUGACAACAUGCUUUUCUGCUGUUUUUUUCAGCAUUUAUACAAAAACUCAUUCAAUUAUCAGCAUAAUUUAUGUUUUUUAAACUUAGCUUUGUGAAUAGAUGCAGUAUCGUAAUAAUUAAUGAAGAAAAUAGAAGACUAAGGUGUCUUUACCCCAUAGGGUCUGACUACAAACUAAGACUGUAACUAUAAGUACUUUACCUUCUGUUUGAGAACCAAGAACAGUUAAAACUCUUGUUUUCUUUUUAACUAUUUGCAAGAAGAGUCACUAGCUAUGACAAAAGUUAUUUACCAUUGAACAGGUGCACCACAUUCCAAAGACAUUUCAAAGGAAAUUCUGUCGAUUUUUUCAAAAAUCUAUGCAUAGUUUAAUGGUAGAGAUGUAAACAAUCAGAUUGGUUUGAUGUGAAAUGUUUCACUGUAAAGAAGCUAACUGGCUCAGAUUUCCUUACAGUAGUGGUGAUAAAAACAAGGGGUCAUGAUGUCUACAACACAAAUAUAGCCAUUUUAUUUACUAUCCAAGUUUUUAUAUGUUGAUAAUGGUGAAAAGGUUUCUUUGUAGACUUUGUAGAGUGUCUUAAGAGCCAGCAUGUCUCACUCCAAUGUGGAUGUGUUUUAAAAAUAUAUCAUCUCAAAAGUAUCAUAAAAUAGUGUUCCAGAAAUGUCAUUUCAUGUGAUAACUUUCUGUGAGGGAGCUUUUAGGAGCAUCAGAAUUAAUGUGGUUCCCAUAAUCACCACUGUGUACAAUUGUAACUUGGUAAGCUUCUCUAAAAUGAGCCAUCUCACACCAAACAACUUUUGAAAGAAUGUUUACAUCUCAGCGAUUUAAUUAUGCAAAAAUAUUGAAAAAUUGGUGCAAUUCUUCUUUAAUUUCUGCUUAUUCAUUAAUGCAGUUUUCUAUGUACAACAUAAACUGCUCUCCUAGAUUUUCAGGAUGUGUACAGUGUAUAUAUGUGAUCAUGCCUGACUAUUUUGGAGAAUAGCCACCAUGUGGAAUUGCUUGUUUUCUUCGAUGGCUGUACACAUGUACAUUUUGGUGCUUGUGAAAGAUGGGGUUACUAACUUCACUGAUGUAAACUCUUAUGGAAAGCUCUGACUCUUCCACGCUGCACUGUGGUCUGUGGUUUUCUCAGCAACAUUCACAGAGGUUUUAUAUAAAUAGUGUGAUGAGUCAAAUUUCAGAUUUUAUGAUAAAUUCUUGGUGGUGCAGAUACUAACUUACUCAUUAGCUCCUUUUAAUAUUGGGGCAUAUUAGCAAUACAAACAGUUAAUCCUGAUAAUUCAGCAGUUAAGUCAUUGACUAAAUUGUGGAUUCUUAUUGGAAGUUAGUUCAAGUAAGUUUAAAAGGAAUGCUCCAGCACUUUGGACCUAAUUUCCAUCUGCUGCAUCUGUAUUGUAUGUUUGAGUGCUAUGGACAAUGGGGUUCAUUCAACAAUAUUUUCCUAACUUUUUUCUUAAUUGUUUUCUUGAGAAAGAGCCUAAGAAAAAGUCUGUCAGAUUCAUGAUGUGUUCUUAAAGCAUAGAAUUGUUUGCAUCUUUGUGCUUUUGAGUGUUUGAAUUUGCUUUUAAUCUAAGAACAAAUCCCAAAUAAGAAAACAUUAGUGAAUGUCAGUCUUUGUGAAGACUGCAUAAGUGGGUUUUCAGAAGAAAUUUCUUCUCAAGAACAGUUGGUGAAUAAGGCCCAAUAAUUUUGAUGCAUUUCACUUUAACAGUAAAUGGUAAGAACAUCUUUUAAUAGACACUUGAGAAUUUAUCAAAGUUAUAUAUAAUUUAAUCUUUAAGUCUGUAUAGUUAGUUCUUUUAGAGAUUGGACUAGAGGGAGGAAAUUGUGGUCAUGCAUAAAGUUUUCACAUGCGGGAAAGCUUAGAAAAUUUUAGGGGUGCAAAAGCGACUGUAACUGCUACAGUGUUUCUUACAAACUAUGUAAGAAAAUCUGUGGUAAGAUGUUGUCUCAUGUCCAUGUUAUCACCUGUUUUACCGUUAUGGAUGUAGUUUUGAAUUCGCAUUGUAAGUGUGCACAUUUUAAAGUGCCUAUUGGCUUCUAUCAUGAGUGAGUCAAACAGUUUUCAGUUAUUGCCUUAAUACAGGGAAACCAAUCAGAAGUCUUGUCUGUGGUAUUCGAUGGUACAAUACAGAUAGAUAUUAGGCUGAAAAAUGCUGGAGUAUCCUUUUAAUGUAGUUAGCAUAUUAUUACAGUGAUUGAGACUGAACAUGUCUGGUUCUGCAAAGCCAGCACCAGAGAGCUAUGUGUCGUGAGGCCUAUAAAUACGCAUAAUUGAUCUCAGAUGCUUUGGGUUAAGCUAUUUACGUAACCAGAGACCAUAGUUUCAACAUAGUUCUGAACUUGAAACUAGCCGCGUCAUUGGUGGAAGAAAUCAAGGUGAAAGCAAAAUGAAGGAACUUUUUAAAAUUAGGAAUAUUUUAUUAACAUGAGGUAACAGAAGUUGCUUACCAUUUUUGGAAAGCUUGUAGGCAAAUUUGCAAUAUAAUAUUUAUGUUCUUGAAAUGCCUUUCCUUGUUCGUUGUGGAAUUUGUCAGUCUAAUGUUCUCUUCCAGGCCUUAAUUUCAAGAAAGACAUGAAAUGUGAGGGUGUCUAAAAGAGUGCCAUUAUUUUAUUGUAUUUAUGAUUAAGAAAUCUUUACGUUGUAGAGUAUGUACAUCUGUGUCUUGAUAACUGUUGACAUUUUCUUUUGUAUUUUGUCUCGUCAGUAAGCUUUUAUGUUUUAUGCAUUAAUAUAAUACCCAUAUUCUGUUAUGUUAGUGCCUCUAAUAUCUCAAACCAAGGGCUUUUAUUGCAUAAAAACACAAUAAUGUGUUUGUAAAAAAAAAAAACAAUGCACUUUGGUUUGGGUGGUAAAAUUAAUAAAACAGAUUUAUGUAACUAAAUCAUUGUUUUCUUUCUUG